UGAUCCGAUCCAACACGAAUGCAACGAUACCACCAUUCAAGCAAAUGUUAUCAUCGAGGAUGCAAAAACAAUUCGAGCAGCCCAAUUUACACGACGAACACUCCCUGCCGACCUCUGUCUACCGGUCCCUAGCUAUAGUUUAUGAUCUCUUCAAUGUUAUACGCACACGGUCACGACUCCAAUCAGCACAUUCCUGAAUUUUCCCCGCAUGGUUUUGGCAUUUUUAUUUACACUGGCUCAGCAUAGCGUUGCCUGGGGGGGUUUGCAUCGGGUUUCGGUAUUCAAUUGGCAUUUCGGCUUGGGUAGUGGCAUUCGAAUCAUAUGCCGUCUCGAAUUGGAGGAUGCGUCGGCUACAGGAUCUCCCCACAAGUAUUUCCUUCCUUUCCUUUUUUUUCCUGGUUUUUUUUAUUGUUUGGAUGGCAGCAUACAAGGGUUGGGGUCAUGCAUGGGCGUAGGAUUAUACCAAGGCGUUAAUGGCUGGCCAAUGAAGGCUCUUGGAGGGACUGUCGGCAUCUCUUGUUUUGGGUUUCAUUUUCUCAUUAUUUCCAGCAUCGUUUCUCCUGUUCAGUCUUUCUUAUCUUCAAAUUGGUGUGCGGCUUUUUUGUAACACCACACGUGUGUAAGCCUGCUCGGGUAGCAGUGUCAUGUACUUCUAACGGAGACGAAUAGCUCCAGAUUCGGAUGCAAUGCUGGAAGGGGUGACAGGUUUACCUCGCCG